UAAUUAGUGCUGCGCUACUUGCUCUCUCGCUCUCUGCGGCCGGCGACUACGGUGGUGUCCUCCCAAUCUGCGGCAGAGACAGACAGCGCCAACGAUCCAUCAUGUGCAGAGUUCGGUCAGGAGGAUGCUCUUCUUCAACUGCAUGGUGCUCUUGAUUGACUGAGAUCCAGGCGAGAACUGGAUCUAUAUAUUCCUCCACUACUUCAUGUUUGGUAGCCAUUACAAAGAACUCCGCAAAUUGGAUCUGAAGAGCUUCUAUUCAGGAGUUUAAACCCAAGGGCAAUGCUAUAGCGGUGUCUUGAUCUAGAGAAAACACAAAUAAAGGUCGAGAUAUGGAGGUUGCUGCUGGGGCCAUGGGCCCUGUCAUCCGUAAGCUCGGCGAGCUGCUCGUCCGAGAAUGCAACCUCAAGAAGCGAGUAAAGAAAGGCGUAAAAUCUCUCCUAACAGAGCUGGAGAUUAUGCACGCCGUACUUCGCAAGGUUGGCGAGGUGCCGUCGGACAAGCUCGAGGAGCCGGUCCGGAUUUGGGCUGGCAAGGUGAGAGACCUCUCUUGCGACAUGGAAGACGCUGUUGACGACUUCAUGGUGCGUGUGGAUGAGGGUUCAAGCAGCAAGCCAACGGACAUGAGGAGUCGAGUCAAAAAGUUCCUCAAGAAGACCGCCACACUGUUUGGCAAGGGCAAAGCACUUCAUCAAAUCUGUAAUGCCAUCGAAGAAGCUCAAGAUCUUUCCAAGGAGUUGGCGGACCUGCAUAAAAAAUACGAGCUUGACAUGUGUAGCACUAGCAAUGGUGCUACCACUGACCCACGUGUGUUAGCUUUGCACAAACAUGUAGGGGAGCUUGUAGGCAUUGAACACACAAGAGAUGAGCUUGUCAAAACAUUGAUUUGUGAGGACAGGAGUCCUGAGGAGCAAUUGAAGACACUCUCUAUUGUCGGUGCUGGUGGGCUGGGCAAGACAACCCUAACCAAAGCAGUUUAUGAGAAGAUCAAAGCCCAAUUUGAUUGUGCGGCUUUUGUCCCGGUGGGUCAGAAACCAGAUAUCCCAAAAGUUUUCAAGGACUUGCUCUAUGGCCUUGACAAAGUAAAGUUCAAGGACAUUCAUAAUACAACAAAGGGUGAAAAUCUGCUCAUCGAGGAUAUCACUGAAUUUCUUGUGGAUAAGAGGUACCUCAUCGUAAUCGACGAUAUAUGGGAAGAAGACAUAUGGAAAUAUAUAGAAUGUGCUCUCUAUAAAAAUAAACUCCAGAGUCGGGUAAUCACAACAACCCGUAAUGUGAGUGUGUCUGAAGCAUGUCUCAAUUCCACUAAUGGCACAAUUCAUAGAAUGAGACCUCUUUCUGAUGAAGACUCGCAAAUACUCUUCCAUAGAAGAAUAUUUCAAAGCGAGGAGAAAUGUCCAGAAGAUUUUCAGAUAGUAUCAAGAGAUAUAUUGAGGAAAUGUGGUGGUGUACCAUUAGCCAUCAUUACAAUAGGUAGUCUUCUGGUUAGUGGCCAUAGGAUAAAGCAAAAGGAUGAAUGGAUGCAUGUGCACAAUUCGAUGGGCCGUGGAGUUACACAAGGUGGUGUUGUGAAGGACAUGAAAGGGAUAUUAUCACUCAGCUAUUAUGAUUUGCCUCCUUAUCUGAAGCCUUGUUUAUUAUAUCUAAGCAUCUUUCCUGAAGACUUUGAGAUUGAGAGAGAGUGGUUGAUAUGGAGGUGGCUUGCUGAAGGUUUUAUCCAGUGUGACAAAAAAGAAAACAGGCUGUUUGAGAUUGGAGAGAGCUACUUUAACGAGCUAUUGAAUAGGAGCUUGAUCCAGCCAGCAGAAAUCAAUUGGGAAGGAACGGUAGUAACUUUCCGUAUACAUGAUAUGGUGCUUGAUCUUAUCUGCUCACUGUCAAGUGAAGAGAAUUUUAUCUCCAUAUUGGAUAAUGAUGAGUGGCAUGCACCUAAUCUGCAAAGGAAAUUUCGCAGGUUAUCACUUCAUAAUAUCAAUGCAAAUGUUCAAAACCAACAGUUUGAUAGCACUAGCCUGUCAAAAGUGAGGACCUUUGCUGUUUUCUCUCCUGUUACCUGUGAUUGGUUGCCAUCUCUCUCAAGCUUCCAAUUUUUACGCGUGCUAGAUCUUGGAAAUUGUGGCAGCCAAGAAAGCAGCUCUGGUAUCAGCCUCAAGUAUGUAGGAAAUUUAAUUCACCUAAGGUACCUAGGGCUAAGGAAUGUUGAUGUUCAGGAACUCCCAUUGGACAUAGGCAAAUUGCAGCUUUUGCAGACAUUGGAUAUAAGAGGCACUAGGAUACAAAAAUUACCUGCAAGUGUUGUUCAGCUCGCAAAUUUGAUGUGCCUACGUAUCAACGACGACUUGGUGCUGCCAAGAGGAAUGGGGAACUUGACGUCCCUUGAAGUGCUGGGCAGAGUAAGAUUAUCCCCGUCUCCUCACAUUGCGAAAGAGUUGAGUCAUCUGACAGAGCUUAGGACAUUCAGUAUUAACUGUGUUAACAUGGAUGGGGAUCUGAUUGAUAUAUUAAUCAAGUCUCUAGGGAACCUGCAGAAAUUGCAUAAUUUGCGUAUUGAUCGUAGUGGCAGUUUGAUAGAUUGCAUGCGUGAAAGCUGGGUGCCCCCUCCACACCUCCGUAGUUUUGAGUCAUGGGGUUUCUUUGAAAAUGCGUGGUUCUCGAUACUUCCAAAGUGGGUUAACUCAACGUCGCUUCCCCACCUCUCCACCCUGGUCAUAGAAGUGAAAGAACUGCAAGGGGAUGACCUUCAGAUCAUCGGAAUGUUGCCUGCUCUUCGGCUUCUGCGACUUGCUGCAAAACACGUGAUGGGAACGUUGGUUGUGAGGGCCGAUGCAUUCCCAUCUGCGAGAUACUGCAUGUUCUGGGGGUUUCCGACGUCGCCGUGCCUUUUUCCGCCUGGAGCUAUCCCAAGGGUUCAAUACCUUGUGUUCUGUGUCUCUGCACGGUCGAUCGCGAGUGGUGAGGUUGACUGCAGCAUGGGGCACUUCCCUUCUCUCGAGCAGGUCCAGGUUGAUCUAUUGCUUGAGAAUUCCAGCGAUGAAGAGAAGGGGACGGCCAAGACUUUGCUGGGGCGCGCAGCAGAAGCCCAUCCUAAACGUCCCACCAUUGAAAUCGAUUAGACACGAGUGCUGACGUGCCUCUGCCGCCAGUAAGGCCUUCAAUAAAAUACUGAAGUCAGAAAGGUACUAAUAAUUCCAUCAGUUGCCGCAGCUCCCAAUAAACCAAGGCUCAUUCCCUCCAACAUAUGUUUAGAUGCUGUCCUUUUGCUAGACGGAGGCUUCCGCAUGGUUGUUGAUGAUGAACUGUUUAUUUCUCCUGCAUUUGCUUUCAGAAACGCAGCACCUCCUUUCCUUUAUUAUUUGGUCAAGACUCAAGACUCGUACAAUAAAAGGUUGCAUUCAGUUGGCACUAUUUAUAGCAGCAGUACUGCCUCUACGUUUAUUUGAUUGUUCACAUACAACAUUGUUUUGUUUUCACUGGCUUAUUAAUGAAGAGUUGAUUGAACUCC